CAGAGAGCAGGAAGGAAGCCGAGCUGCUCUCACUUCGUGUUCCGUGGGGCAGCUGCAAAUCCAACCUCAUUAUCUCAGGAGCGCCCAGAGGGACCCGAAAAUGAGCCCCCAAACCCCCCCUGAGCCCCCCAAAUGCUGCUGCUUCAACAUCAAGACAGCAACAGUGGCCCUGGGGAUCUUCCACAUGGUCAUGAGCAUCCUGCUGCUGAUCGAGUAUUCCCUGGAGGUGGCCAACGGGAAGGGCUUCUGCAAAGACCUGGAGAAGGAUUACUACAGAAUUGCUGAUAUCACCACCAGUUUCCUGCUGAUCCUCAUGUUGUUUGUCAUCAGCUUCCAUCUCCUGUUCGGGGUGCUCAAGAUGAAGGAGCGGUUCCUGAUCCCCUUCCUGGCUUUGCAAGUCAUCGAUUUCCUCCUGAGCCUCCUGACCAUGUUCAGCUCCUACAUCCAGGUGCCAGCGAUCAUCUCCGUGUCCUCCCUGGGCCACACGCAGGGCCACUCCAGGACUCCCCUGCUGGCGCUGCAGCUGCUGGACUUCUGCCUGAGCAUCCUCACCCUGUGCAGCUCCUACAUGGAGGUGCCCACCUUCCUCAGCCUCAAGCCUGUGGAGAGUGGGGGCUCUCUGCCAGCCCUGCAGAAGCUGCCAGCAGGGGAAUAUGUCAAAGUGAUGAUCACCUUCACCAUCGCCUUCGUGGCUGUGCUCGUCCUCAAGGCCUACAUGUUCAAGUGUGUCCUGAGCUGCUUCAAGUUCAUCAAAGCCAGCAGGAGGGAGGAGGUGAAAGUGGAGCCACACGCAGUGGAAAAGGUCGUGCUGCCAUCCUAUGAGGAAGCCCUGGAAUUGCCUUCCAAGGAUUGUCCCCCUCCCUACGUGGCCAUCUGAGCCCAGCCUGGGGGAGCUGACCCUGGGUGCUGCUGGUGCCUUUCCCAGCAGAGCCCCAGUGCUCACCCAGAGCAGUUCCCAGCCUUCUCCAGCCACAUCCUGCCAGGGAACUGCUGGAGUCUUGCCCUGCUGUGGCACCCCAAUUUCCUGACCCUGGCACCCCAAAUUCCUGACUCUGGCAUUCCAAAUUCCUGAUCCUGGUACCCCAAUUUCCUGACUCUGGCACCCCAAAUUCCUGACUCUGGCACCCCAAAUUCCCGAUCCUGGUACCCCAAUUUCCUGACUCUGUCACCUUGAUUUCCUGACUCUGGCACCUCAGUUUCCUGGUUCUGGCACCCCAAAUUCCUGACUCUGUCACCUCCACUUCCUGACUUUGGCGCCUCAAUUUCCUGACUCUGGCACCCAAAUUCCUGACUCUGGAACCCCAAGUUCCUGACUCUGGCACCUCAAUUUUCUGGUUCUGGCACCUCCAUUUCCUGACUCUGGCGCCUGCAUUUCCUGACUUUGGCUCCCCAGAUUCCUGACUCUGGCAUCUGCAUUUCCUGGUUCUGGCACCUCAAUUUCCCAACCCUGCCACCCCAAGUUCCUGACCCUGGCACCUCCAUUUCCUGACUCUGACACCCCAAGUUCCUGACAAUAGCACCCCAGUUUCCUGGCUCCGGCAUCCCAAAUUCCUGGCUCUGGCACCUCAAUUUCCUGGUUCUGGGACUUUAAUUUCCUGACUCUGGCACUUCAAUUUCAUUACUUUGGCACCCCAAGCUCCUGACUCAGGCACCCCAAGUUUCUGAUUCUGGUACCUCAUUUUCCUGAAUCUGCAACUCAAAUUUCCUGGCUCUGGUAUCCCAAAUUCCUGACUCUGGCACUUCAAUUUCCUGGUUCUGUCACCUUAAUUUCCUGACUCUGGCACUUCAAUUUCCAUACUCUGGCACCCCAAGUUCCUGACUCUGGCUCUGGUUGCCAUCCCUGGAAUCUGGGAUUUGACUGCUGUGGGUGCAGGGCUGGCCUGAGCCCUGCCAGUUUUGCCCUGUGCCAGGGUGGUUCUCCUCUGGCUCAGCAGGGAGACCUUUAAGAAUUGGGAUUAAGGGAUGGUGCUGGUUUAGGGCAAUUUUGGGAGAAAAACUUCUAAAGGGAUUUCUUCUAGAAAAACAAAUUCAAGUGGUUCCUCCCCUAACUGGUUUGGGAAAAAGAUUUCCUUGUAGAAAAAUGGAAACAACUGUUUAUUUAAUAGGCAAAGCAUUCAACAGCACAAAAAAUGAACAAUAUUAAACAACAAAACCUCUUGCCACUCCAAAAGAGAUGACAAACUCAGAAAAGUCCCUUUGGUGGGCUGUAGCUUGGCUCACUCAGCGUCUUAGCAGUCCCUCUGGCCAAAAUGGAAAAUGGAAAUGUUCCAUGGAAAUGGAAAUGUUUCCAUGGGACGUGGAAGGAAAAUGGAAAUGUUUCCA